AUGGAGAGGGAGCAGACUUCGUUUCACAGACCCGAUGCUGCCGACUCAACAGUGUCUUUUGCAACCUCGUCUGCGGAAAUACGGGAAGUGAAGCUGCAGGAAAAAAUUGCAUUUGUUCGAGCCAUCGAACGAAGGCAGGAUGUGAUUUUUGGAGAUGGCGUGGCCCAUUCCACUAAAGCUAAAGAGAAAGCAUGGAAGGAAGUGGCCAAGGAAAUGGAAGAAUUGGGUCUGAGAUCAUACGCCGGGAAAACGUGGACACGCUUGCGCGACUAUGAUUGGCAGUAUGUUCGACGUCAUGCUUUGUCUCGCUGCGAUAAUAAUCACAAGUCAUCAGAAAAAUUGGGAUACUUGGAUCGGCUCGUUUUGUCUAUCAUUAGUAACUCUCACUCUCGGUUUUUCGGAGAGGACUCGAUUGAGCAACCACUGCCUGAUACCGCUUACGAUGAUCUCGAUCUCGUCAACAAGAGUCCUGAAAUGAAGCGAGAGACAGAGUGCUCAGUAGAAACGGAAGUAAUGUCCAAUUGUUAUGACGCUUCUUCACAUUCUCAAGUGGCUAGAUAUUCUUCUGAUCAGACUUCAUCAAAUCAGUCUGGUGAUUGUUAUGAUUCUAAUGGUGCUUAUUCCCUAUGUUCUAACCUUAAGAAGGAAGAGGACGGCUUGUGUCUGUCUUUGCCCCAUCGUGACACCUAUUCAGACAGUUCAGCGCAGACCUUAUCUGAUGCCAUUGACAAGUCUGAUGCAGUUCACCACUGUUCAGCCAAACGUCCAAGAAGAGCAGAAGCAAACAGCGUCUGCGAUCGUGAUAUCAGUGACGAUUGCGACUUUUUGCGACGAAGACAGCAGCUAGAGCUCAGAAAAAUGGAACUCGAGAACGAAAAACUCGAAAAGGAGAUUCAAUAUCUGGCUAAUCAAGAGAAGAGAGCCAGGGAGUUGCACAGUAUUGAGUUGAGGCGGGCCCGUUUCCAGCUGGUAAUGAUGGGCGCCGAUUUGAUGCAGGAGCCGCAGCGAGAUGAGUAG